UCUGUCUAAAGCCUAUAUACACGUAUACAACAACGUACGCGCACGUUAAAGUGGCUGCACACAGUUUACAAAACCGAUAUUACUCCCACGCGUGUAAAGGGCGAACGAGAAUACUCUGGGACGUCUUUGAAGUUUUUCGUUCCCAUCCCCGGCCCUCCGACAAGUGUUCACGUCGUUGACGAGCGUGUGUAUCGAAACAAAAACACAACAACAACAACAACAAACAAAAUUAAAACACUUGACUUUUGUCCCGCGGACGCCCAAUCUGCCGUUUUUCAGAACGGCGUCGGAAACGGACCCGAGACGCGCGCUGCUCGCGACGGAAUCACGUUGUUAUUGGUCUACGCGAAACGGGAUGGGGGGGACAAGGGUGGCCUCGGGUCUCUCCCCGGGCCUUACACGGAAGUUUCAACGAGCGGAACGAUAUGACGUACAAUAGUUUCAUUGUACUACGGAGUGUAUUUUGAUUAUUGCCGACUUUUUCUGGCCGCGGACAAAUUGUCCACCGGAAAUGGUUGUUACUCCGAUCAGAAAAUAAGUCAACCGGUGCUGCUUACAGACACAAAAUCAACCAAAACCCCUAUCGGGUGCCCUCUGCCUUUCGGCCUCCCACUUGUUCCGUUUUAUUUAUAGUUUUGCGCGUUUUUUUUGUUUUUUGUUUCGCGCAACAAGUAUUGAUAACGGUUUUUUUUUUUUGUUUUGUUCGGACAGGCCGCGAUACUGCAGCACACCGCCGACUACAUAUACCAGUUGGAACAAGAGAAGACCAGACUGCUGUCGCAAAACUGCCAGCUGAAACGGCUGGUGAGCAAACAGGAGGGCGAUCUGUUAAACACGGCCAACAUGCACAAGAAACGUAAAGUGGACGACCCCGCCGGUAAGACUGAUCGUAUCUUUAUUAUCACCCCCCCUCCCCCCCCGGAGAUAUUGCAACGGGUGUUGUAAUAUUCGUGGGACACUCGCGUGUAUUCGUCUCCCUUGUCCGCACGCGGUUAGAAUCGUGUAUUCAAUUUUCGUCCAACGGGCGAUCAUCUCGGCAUUUUUAUCCGGGUAAAAAUAAUUUGUUUCAUUUCCCCACCAAAAACAACCGUAUCCUCGCCGUUGUUUGGAUUCGUUUCCCCGUAUAAUUUUCGUCGUCGCUCGGAGCUGACCGCCGCCGCCGCCGCCGUUUUAACAAUACCGUUUGUUAGCCCCGCGGCCGUUAACGUCGCCGGUGGGUGGGGGGGGGNGGGGGGGGGGGGGGGGGGGGGGGGUGCGACGGCGGUAAGGAAACAACACCUGCACGGUAAUUUUUCCCCCUCCGUCCCCGUUCCGCCGACGUUGAAAUCGCGCAAUGUGUGCGCGCGACGCGUUUCGCGAACGUCGUGUCCCGCACGCUUUGGCCGCGUGGGAUCCGCUCCCUUUGUUGCGUGCGCCAUCGCGCGUUUGAUAACAUUUCAUUAUUUCUCUGUAUUUGUUACGACGCGCGCGCGAUAAUGUAAAACAUGUGCACUUACGACGGGGAGAAAGGACCGCGAGAGACGCGCGACUGCUAGAGGCCAUCCGAUAGCCGGGUGUUUUUUUAUUAUUAUUAUUCCCGCCUCCGGGAAUUGUUUGUCGUGUUCGCGCCCGGUCUCGCCGGGUGAAAUACGAACGGGGGAGAGGGGGGGAAACGCGUCGCUUACCCGCGUGCGUGUUAUUCCUCGGCGAUUUUCGAACGUCGUCGCGACGACGAAUUCCGGGGAAUAUUCGCGAUCGGCCGGUGCGCCGCGCAGACUACACGCGCAGCACUUGCUCUCAUAGUUUCCGAGUAAAAGCGCCCGUUGUGCACUUUGAAAAAGAGAACACGAUGUUCCGGAUGCGGCGGGACGUUACGGUUUUUUUUUCUCUUAAGUUUUAAGAAAUUUAAAAAAAAAAAAUCCGUUGAAAAAGUCGUGUUGUUUAUAAACGGUAAAUCGACCUGUUAUUAUAUUAGGAGAAAAAAACAACACGACCGGUCCUUUCCGCCGGAGGAAUAUCGUUCUCUUUUUAAUAGGUUACUGUAAAACUCAAAAACCAAGCGAGUUCUGUGUAGCCGUCUGCGUGUGUAAACACGUUUUUUUAUCACUAUGGUCGUGCGUUCGCAAGGCGGAAAACGACGAUUGACGCACGCGUACCGCGUAUCCCGUCCUCUUAAUCAUGCGAUAAACUCGACGAUUCGGCGGUUUUUGUGGGCGAGCAUUUUUUCCCCGGUCGAUUAUUUUCGUUUGGAACAGUGAAAAAAAUAAAAUAAAAUGUGCUAUUAUAUUUCAUAAAAAAAAAAAAAUGGGUUUUUAUCGUUUUAAAAUUCACUAAUUCCUAAUCACUACUCGUUCCAAACUCUGUGUCCUAUUUAUAAGCGCCGUCCUAAAUUAAUUAUGUUUAUGUUUUUUUUUUCGAUUUCGGGAUUAUCGGUACGGUGCGGCGGUAGAUCGCGGCACGGCAUCACCGCGUCCUUCAAAAGUACAAUCAAGUGGUCGCGCAAACCAAUGUUUCGCUCGUAGUAAUGUCGAAAUAUUAAAAACUAGACGCGACCGUCACCUAUAUUGGUUCGACUGCGAUUUCGGGGUGGGUUUUUUUUUUUUAUAUUGCGACAUUAUACAAAUUUAUCCGUACGACUUUUAUGUUUCGACAUCGCCGCCAAUAUUAUAACGAUUGCUUCAUAAUUCGUCCGGCCUUUGUGUUCCGCUUUGUAAAAGUCUAUGGCGAAAAUAAUAUUAUUCCGUCGUUGUAUGUAUUGUAUUAUUCGUCUCGAUGUGGCGUGUACCGUUUAUCCGUUUACCGUAGCGCGGAGCGAUCGCGCCGUGUAAACGGCUGCUCUGAAUCGAUUUUUCGAAUUCGCGUCCAAACCGCUCGCGUACCGAUUACGCCGCAUCCUCCGAGAUGUCCUUGGUCUUUGCCGACCACGUGUUCCAUCGAUUUUCCGUCUGUUGAACGCUGUUGCAGUUUGUUGUCGAUAUUUUACUCGCCGUACCUGGCGGUAUGUGAUAUUAUAAAGAAAAUAUUCGAAACCGAACGGUUUUGCGGGAAAUUGAGAAAAUGUAAGUUUCGACGUUACAUCGGGGAAGGAAGGGGCAGGGAACAAAUACCGAAAAUCUCGAUGUACGCGUUUAUACGUACCCUUUAAACUAGUCAAUUCCCGAGUACUCGAGACUCGUCGAUAACAACAAACCCCCCCUCCCCCUUCGAAAAUGCCUAUACAAUUUGUAAUUUUUCCGAAAUAUUUAUCGUUCGUUAUUCAAGUACCCGAGUCCUGAAGUAUCGUCCCUGUUAUUAUUAUCGCCGUAUUAAUCACUCGACACGUGAUCGUCUGUAAGAACCGAUAGAUGUCACAACGUACGUUUUUGUUUCUUAAAAUUCGAUUGUUCUUCGUCAUAAUAUAAUUCGAAUGGAGAAAUCGUAUGUUAACUCCGACAAUAAUUUAAAUGUUUAUGCGCCCAUCAUAUUUUUAUGUGUGCCGACUGUUCAUCGACUGCAGUAACGCAAUACGGUUUUAUGUGUUUGUAGGUUUAGACGACGGUGGACUAAUGAUCGACGAGGUAACCGAAUUAAGAGCGCAUUUAGAACGAGAGCAGAGUCUGCGCGUCGAUCUAGAAGUGCAAUUGAAAGAGUAUGCGGCCCGUUUGGGAGAAACGUUUGUCGAGAUAAAAUCCAGGGAGAACACCCAGACGACAAUUCAAUACCACAACAACGCAAACACAGUAAGUAAACUAGUGAAGUGUAUUAAUUUAUCGAUUGACUUGAAACACGCACGUACCGUAUUUGAAACAAUAUUUUUAUAUCUGUUUCAGUGUGUGGUCGGUGAAGAAGCUGGUAUGGAAAUAAUUGAAGUGAACGAAUCUGAUAAUCUGGUCGUUCAACGCGAACCAGAUGAAGAAAACGUGCUGAUCAAGACUGAAAUCAAUGAACCUGUUGAUGAUCGGCUGAAAGAAGCCGAAGAACCUGUUCCGCAGCAACAGCAAGUCCUGCCGUCUGCUCGUGUUUACCUCACCAGUACCUCCAGACAAAAUUUGGAAACUAUCGUCGAGGCGAUUAGACACCUAGAGGGAGAUCACCUUUUUGGUGAUGACCACCAGGAAGCACCUCUUGCGCUAACCAAACACACAGCGACCACCAAUCAAAAAUUGCUUAAAGUAAAUUUAUAAACAAACAAAAAAAAAAAAAAUAUAGAAAUAAUAUGAUCAUAUAUGAUUACAUUUCUCUUUUUAUAGGUGGAAAUGAAUCCAUUUCUCCAGUUCCAUAGUGGUUCCCAGACUUCUCCAGUUACAACUGUUGUCACAUCAAACAGUCCUGUACGACCUUCUAGACCUGGUGUUAUUGUUGGUAAACAAGCAUCAUGACUUUGUUAGAAAAAAAAAAAAAAAAAAAAAGAGAUAAAUUUAUGUUACACCACCAACCCCUUGGAUUUUUAUUAUAUUCUCAUGAAAGUCUGAAACUUCAACUCGUAUAAGAACGUUCUGUUUCAGAUUUUAUUUUCCGUUAUAUGUUAUAUAUAAUUAAUAAUUAUACUCAAUUGGAAAUAACGACUGUUAAUAUAUAAUGCAUGUAUAAAUUAUAGUAAUAAUAAAAUAUUAUAGUUCUCAAAAUGCCACAAAUGAGAUAUAGUUUAUAAAACAAAUACUAUUAAAGGCUUCUUAAAAAUAAUAUUGUCAUUUUAAUGUUUCUGCGUAUAUUGUACGUUAAAUUUAAACUAUGAUAUAGCUUAAUUACUAUGUUUACCUAUCUUAUCUACCUUAUUUACUUUAAAAUUUACAAUGUUUAAAGAUUUUUACUACCGAUUGUGUUUCCUUAAGUUAUUUUUUCUUUUUGUGUUAUUUGUACAUAAUCUUUUUGUUAAAACUCAAUGUUUUAUUGUCUUUCUUUUCGCAAUAUAUUGUUAUAUUUAUAACUCGACUAUUUGCAAUAUAGAAGUAUACGCAUUAAUAGUAAUAGAAGUUUUUUUUUUUUUUUUUUUUACCAUUGUUAUUUAAAUAUUAUUUAUUAAUAUUUAAAAAGUAAUGUAUAGAAUUAGUAUUGUAUAGGAUUUUUCAAAAUUAUUAUUAUUAUUUUUUAGAAUAUAGUUUUUGUGUUAUUUAUUGUCUUUAUAAUAUCAUAGAACGACAUUUUUUUGAUUAUUUGUGUACAAAAAAAAGUUGGUGCUAUUGAUUUUGGGUUUUUGUUUAUAUAAUAUUUUUUUUUUUUUUUUAUACUUAUUAAUAUAACUAAAUUUACGUGGAUUAGGCGAUAAUGUUAUGUGGCGUCCUUGGUGUGAUGACAGUAUGUAUGUUCCUCGGUUUACUUAUGUUUUCAAUGUAGAUAGUGGAAUUAUUGUUUUCUAUAGGCCAAGUUAUGAAAAAUUAGCCAAGUUUUUACCGUUGUUUACUGUUUAUCUUCUCAUUAGGGAUAAAAUAAUUUUGUUAUAAUCUUGUCCAGUAUUCUUAAUUUGUUAUAUUUAAACAUUUAAAAAAAAAAAAAAUAAUAAAAAAAAAAAAAAAUAAAAAAAAAUAAAAAAAAAAUUAUAAUAAAUAAUUUUAAAAAAUUAGUGUAUUUAUUAUAUUUGUAUACACAUUUAAUAUUUAAUUAUAUAAAUUUAAAAGAUAACACGGAGGAAGUGUUUUUUUUUUCACUUUUUUAGUAUAAUAAUAUUAAUAAAUAUAAUUAAUCACAAUUAAUUAUUAUUAUAAAUUUAAUCAAUUAUUAUUUUGUAUAGAAGGAAGAGAUUUGGAGCGAAAAAAUAUGUAUAAUUAACCAUAAUAUGUUGUACGCCAUUAUCGUUUUUUAUUAAUAUUAUAAGAUUAUUGGGAAUUGGAGACUGAUAAAAUCAAUUCUUUUUGAGUUUGAAACUCAUUUAAAGCAAAGUUAAAUUAAAAAAAUUAAACUAAUCCUAUAUUAAACAAAUUGAACCUAUAAUAUUAAAUUGUGUGCUCUGUUGAAUAAAAAAAUUAUUUAAUUGUGUAAAAACUAGAACUUAACCUAAAUUCACCAGUUAAUAAUAUUUAAGAAUAGUCAAUUUAAAAAUUAGCACGACAAUAAUGAAAUUGUUCCCUUCAUCGUUUGUUUUAAUUAGAUAUUUUCGUCUUUAAUCUAUUCAUACACAUUUGAUUAAAUGAUCGUUAUUUUUUUUUUAAACUAAUUUUAGAAAAAUUAUAAUAAUUAUUUAUUUUAACAUUUUUUUUUUUUUCUUCUACUAAUGAAAAUUGUCUGUACUACAAUUAUCCAAUUUUUUUUAUAAAUAAAUAUUUGUGUAUUAUGUAUAUUUAUAUUAUAUUGAUAUAAUAAUGUAUCUAUACAACAGAUUACUGUACAUAAUUGUCAACUUAAAUAAUUAUUAUUAUAUAAAUAUCAUUUAUUCGCUUUUAGAUUAAUCGCCCCGUUGUUGUUUGCAUUCUUCCCACACGAUGAUGACAGUUUGCUGCUCAGAUCUCUGGCCCGCAUUCUUUCAACAUAGCGAUUAUGAAUUCGUUUCAUUUCCAAUAUUUCUUUCAUUUGCUCCUUGUCUUCAUCCUUUGCAUAUAAAACAAUUUUUUUUUUUUUUUAAUUUAUAUAAUAUUGCCCGUAUAUGACUUAUUAGUAAUUAUUGUUAUUAUUGUACGCUGACAUUAAUAGCGACCAAUCUAUCCAAUCUUACUACUACUAAAUACUACCACAACAAAUACAUAAUGAUUACUACUAAUAUUAUAAAUUUAUUUUUAUUAAUCGAAGUAUCUCUUGUAAACUGUAUAGCGUAGUAACAAACUGUGUGUUGUUUGUGCAUACCAAAAAAAAAAUCCAACUGCUGUAAUUUAUUAUUUAUAUUUGUUUAUGUAUUUGUGUUUAUAUACUCUUUACUCAGUGUUUUGUACUACUAUUUUAUUAUUAUUAUUAUUAUUAUUAUUAUUAUUAUUAUUAUUAUUAUUAAUAUUAUUAUUAUUAUUAUUUUUGUUUUAUUUUCGAUCUCGUGACUGUUACAAUACAGUUUAUAAUAUUUAAUAAGUUCCAUCUAUUUAUUAAUUUAUUUAUUUUUUUUUGUUUUCUUUUUAUACUCGUCAUACAUUUGUUUAUUUUUUUUUUUUUAAUAUCAAAUGUUUGAUAUCAGACUCAAAUGAUGGGUAUAAUAUAUUAUGUCAUGUGUACCAUCUAUAUGUGUAUAAUAUUAUAAUAAUAUGAU